AUGGAGCUGCAGACGUCGGGGCGGCCCAUCGAGGUGCUGAUGGAGAAGGUGCUGUCGAUGAACAUCGUCUCCUCGGACUACUUCAAGGAGCUCUACAAGAUCAAGACCUACCACGAGGUCAUCGACGAGAUCUACAACCAGGUGGACCACGUCGAGCCCUGGAUGACGGGCAACUGCCGCGGCCCCUCCACCGCCUUCUGCCUCCUCUACAAGCUCUUCACCAUGAAGCUCACCGUCAACCAGAUGCACGGCCUGCUCAAGCACCCGGACUCCCCCUACAUCAGAGCUAUUGGGUUUCUGUACCUGCGCUAUGCCGCGGACCCAAAGACCUUAUGGACCUGGUAUGAGCCCUACAUUCAAGAUGACGAGGAGUUUUCCCCUGGAUCCAAUGGUAAAAUGACAACUAUGGGCGUUUAUGUGCGUGAUGUCAUCCUUGGUCAGUACUACUUCGACAGUCUUCUUCCACGAGUGCCUCUCCUAAUUCUGCGACAGGUUACUGCCCAUCUGGAGAAAAUGAAGCUCCCAACAAAGCAGUCAGGGAUAACUGGGGAUUCUAGCCGCCUUGGUUCAGAUGAUACUGCCCGGCGGCCUCCUUCAGUGAAGGCUUCUCUGUCCGUCUCUUUUGGUCAGCGUGCUCCACACCGUGCAUCCACAAGGGAUUCAUCCCCAGUCCGAAAGACAUUGCCUUCUGUACGAGAAAGGGAAAGGAGUCAUGAUGGCAGUCAUGCCAAAUCUCCACCCAGGAAGCACCGAAGUCAGAGUCGUGAGCGCAGCCGUGACAUUGAGAGGGACCGUUCAGAUCGCGAUCGUGGUAGGUACAAGGAUAGGGAGCAUGGUCGGCACAGCCGUGAUAACAGAGACCGUGACUACCGCCGCUCAAGCUAUUCUGAUAGGGAUGUUGAGAGGCGCGGCCAUGAAAGGAGGGAUAGGGACUCCGACCGAAACGGGCGUUCGAGUGGCCGCAGAAGCAGGAGCAGGAGCAGGAGUCCAAGCCGUGGCAGAACCAAUGGGGACAGCCACCGCUCCAGCCCGUUUGGUAAAGCGCCGGAGUCAUCAAACCUGGCGAAGCUGAAGGAUCUAUACGGUGACGCGACGAACGCGAAGGACGACGCCGGCGACGACAGAUCCCGCAGGGACUCCGGAACUGAAGAGGUGAUCAGAUUGGGAGGCGCCAGGUGGAGGUGA